AUGGGGUCAUUGAAAGUCGUCCUGUUGACAGAAUCUAAUUCACUGGCGGAAAAUGCUGCACUACCAUAUAAAUAUGAUGGACAAAAACUAAAAGAAAAGAUUCUAGCCAUCACUGAAGAACUUCAUUACCGAUGUGAAUGUGUAGAUGUACAUAAGCUUGAUUUUCAAGAACAUGAAUCAGUUAAUAAAUUUCUCAACGCUGAUAUUGUUAUCAUGGAUGUUACAAAUCAAGAUCAACGUCCAACAUUUAUGUAUCAAAAAGGUAAUCGUGAAAGUAUGGAUUGUAUGGACGAUAUCGUAUUAAUUCAAGCCAGUGGUGUAGAAAAUGAUAAUGCUAUUCAAGAUCUCAAAACAACAUGUAAAAUAAAAUUAUUAAUUGUUUAUCGAUAUGAUGAAGUCAAAGAUGCUUUUUACGAUACAACACAAGCAUCAUAUCCAUAUCCAUUGCUGGAUACAAAUCUGAAAAUUUUCUUAGAGCGAGCUGCUGAUAAUAUACAAAAAGGUCUUGCUGAUCGAUACAUAUCACGUAUGAAUACACGUAGAAUUGAAUUGCAAGAUAGCAAGGCUUAUCGUGAUUUUUUAUGGAACGAAGUUUGUGAUGAAAUGUUAAAUGAAUCGAAGCAAGCCUAUGUAACACCAAAAUUAAUUACAAAAUUAAUGUAUGCUUUUCGAGAUAUUCAAGAUUAUGAAUCAAUGAUAAUGUUAAAUAAACGUUGCGAACAAUUAGGAGAAUUAGCAAAAAAAAUCAAAAAUAAUAUGAUGAUUUCAUAUUUAACUGCAUUUGCUCGUAGUCGGCGCAAUCUACCGGGUGAUCGUGACGAAGCAUUGACUAUCCUUGAAAAUUUAUGUCAAACGAAAAAAACUGAAAAUGAAUUAUCCAAUGAUGUUAUUUGUUUAUGUGGAAGAAUUUAUAAAGACAAAUUUACUGAAUCACUCUGUCAAGAUCAAGAUUCGUUAGAAAAAGCCAUUGAUUGGUACAGACGAGGUUUUGCUGCUGAUCCUAAUAUUUAUGCUGGUAUUAAUUUAUUAUUUCUGUUGGCAAUUCGAACAGACGAUUUAAAGAACAGUGAAGGAUAUCGAAUCAUUAUUCAACUCAAUGCCUUACUCGGUAAAAAAGGUCGUUCACUUCGAGAUCUAACAGAUUAUUGGGAUGUAGCAACAUAUUUCGAACUUCAUGCUGUUCAACGUGAUUGGGCAAAAGCAUGUGUAGCUGCUUUACACAUGUAUUUGUUAAAUCCACCUAUAUGGUAUUUAAAAUCUACAAUCAACAAUUUGAAAAUUCUUCAUCAAGCAACGCGCAUGCGCAAUCAACAGAAACCUCGCGAGCAACCGUCGACUAGUUCCGAUGAUGAAGAUGUUUACAGCUUUUGGAUCGACUAUUUUAGCGAUGCAAUAAAUUCACAUUCAACAUCGAAUGAAGAAAAAGAAUUACCAGCACAAGUACCUAUUCUUGUUUGUGAUAAUUAUGAAAAAAACGAUGGAACAACAUUGAAAAAUGUCUAUGUUGAAUCACAUCUACAAUUAAAUUUGCAUACGGGUAGCGAACCUGAAACUCUCGUUAUACGUACACUUGAAAAAAAAAAGCAGAAACAAACAGAAGAAAGUGUGAGAACCAUCGAUAUGAAUUCAAUUAGAUCUAUUAUAAAUGUUAAACGAGAUAAUCGAUCUGUUUUUCUUUAUGCAUAUGAAAAUGCAGAAGCAUUUUUGUCUGUUGAACUUCAAAUCUUUUUCUCAUCAGCCGAACGUCGCACGGCAUUCAACGAAAAAAUGUCUAAAUAUCGAUUACAAACGAGCAUAUCUGAAGUCGAACCGAAAUUUGAUUUGGUCUUCGAUCGUGAUCCACAUGAACAACGUACUGCACUUGGCCAAGGUACAUAUGGAAAAGUUUAUGUUGCACACGAUCGUUAUACAUGGAAAAAAUUUGCUGUCAAAGAAAUUCCCAUGCGAAAUCCAGUAUAUACAGAUGUAUUAGAAAAUGAAAUCAAAAUUUUAUCAACACUUAGCCAUAAGAAUAUUGUUACUUAUUAUGGUUCAGCUAUUGAUCGGUCAAAAAAACAGCCUGCUUUUCAAAUAAUAAUGGAAUAUGUUGAUGGCGGUAGUCUUUCACAACAUCUAUCAAAGUUUGGACAAUUUCAAGAGCCUGUUAUUAAAAAUUAUACUCGACAACUUCUGGAAGGUUUACAAUAUUUACAUGAAAAUCAUAUUUUACAUCGAGAUAUUAAAUCAGCUAAUAUUCUUGUGAAUUCAAGAGGAGAAAUAAAAAUUGCUGAUUUUGGUACAUCGAAACGUCUCGCUGGUCUUCAACUUUGCACAGAAGAUAGUGUUGGUACGUUACAGUAUAUGAGUCCUGAUGUUGUACUUGUACCUCCGAUGGGCUAUGGGCCUGAAGUUGAUAUCUGGAGUGUUGGAUGUACUGUUAUUGAAAUGGUUACUGGUAAAAUGCCAUUUCAUAAAAUUCUUAAUACCGGUGCAUUAUUACUAAAGCUUGGUAAUGAACGACAACCACCUGAUAUUCCACCCGAACUAUCAGACACUGCGAAAGAUUUUCUAACCAAAUGCUUUGAACCCACUGAAAAACGUCCAUCAGCUAAAGAUCUAUUAAAUCAUCCAUUUAUUAAAACCAAACCUAUAUUAAUAAGAGAGCCAAAUAGCAAUAGUCAUGGCGAAAAAUUGCAUGAUGGGUCAAUACACGUAUCAGAUUCUGCCAUGCCAUAUCAACGAAGUGUUAGCGAAGAAUCCGGCGUACUCGAGCCAGCACGUGGACUUGACCCACAAAUCUCAAUUGAUGAUCGUCGUCGAACAGAAUUAAUGAAUAUUCUACGCGAUAACGACAGUAGAGAAGAUCUGCUUGGCCAAUGGAUGGAUUUAAUCGAUGAAAAAAAUGAAACUGAAGUGUUAACAAUUGAUAAAUUACGUGUGUUACUAUCGGGGAUUUACGAAUAUUUAGAAGACUCGAGUGAAUCGUCAUUGCAAGUUGCACUCGAUAAAAUAUGUGAUAAAUCGGAAUUGGAUAGUGAUUCAAGAACUGAUCUUGAACGAGCGUGCUAUCUUUUCAUUAAAGCGACGAAUGCUGUACUUUCAUCGAAAAAUAGUUUACCUCCACAUGUUCUAUUCGCACUUGAUAAUAUUAUUCGUCGCGUUGCAGAACAUCUUGUUGGUCUUAUUCGACCAGAUUUUGUUUCCUCGAUCACCAGUGUUGUGACACCCAUGACGCCAAGUGAUAUAGCAACAUUUAGUUCGACAACUUCGCGUUCACCCUUAUUGUUAAAUUCAACGGAUGGAUUAUCUGAAGAAAUAGCUCGUUUGCAUAAGCAAUAUGCAAAGCUUCUUGAACAAAAUCAAGACCAACUAAAUCGAUUAGUUAGCGUUGAAAAUGAUAAUGCUGUUCAACUAUCUGAAUUAUCAUCGAAGAAAGAAAACAAUAGCUCAUCGAGCAAACUUUUGGGAAUUUUUUUACCGCUGGAUUCAUCGCCAACAAUUGAAAACCUGGAUUCCGAAAAUUUACCAACACCAAUCGCUGAAGAACAAAACGCAUCAAUACAUUUAUCUCCGAUGGCGCCUGCGUCGCAACAUAUAUCACGAUCACGCUCAUUGAUAGCUAUCGAACAAGAACAUGACCGAUUGCUCAAAUCUUUUCUUGAUAAUCGAACCCGUCUCAAUCAAUUGCUUCAUUCAAAUCAUACAUGA